AUGUUGGUAUUCGUCAUUGCCUUGUCAUUUUUCUCAAGCGCCUUCACGCAAGCGGCACAGGUACCCUUGACUGGCAUUACGACUCGUCUUCUUCAAUUCGACGACAUUGCCACGACUGCGGGCUGGGGAGACUUACCCUCAAAUUAUAGCCAUCUAUCCUUCAAUGGCUUCCUGGCUCUUCGACCCAGUGCUCCAGAGCUUGAGGGUACCAUAUCUGAGCAUGACUUGAACUGCGCCGCAUCAUCACCAAAUGCCGUAUAUGGAACUCGCUACAAUCAUCAAGUGCCAGCGACUCCUGAGAUCAGCCUCCUACAUGACUCGAAGUUCUCUUCGUUCGCGUUUCGAUCUUUCAAGAUCAAGCCUUUAGAUUUGCCGCCCUUCUCUUAUGCCGUGUUGAAAUUGAGAGGCAUCCCCGCUCAAGGCGAAGCACUGGAGUGGAGUGUUGACUUUCCAAACGGCUUUCACGACAUGUUCACCGUGAAAAUUGACGAGUUUUCAGGCAAAAGCUGGAGAGGACUCGACAGUCUCCAGAUUACAGCCGAUUUUGUCAGUGGCGACCAAUAUAUGGACUGGGAAUUUUGCUUCGACGACCUCGAGGUUGCUCUCGAGCGUUAA